UGCUGGUUCUCUCCCACAAAACAAAAAGUUCAUAGUUCACAACAUAACCUCCAUAACGACUACAACCAUGGCUUAUCUGCCCUCUCCAAGUCUAACAACACUUAAACACAAUCCUAACCCUACAUGCUUCUCUCCUUUAAAACCCACUUCACCUGACCAUCUUUGCUUCUUCACAACCCAAUUCAAAAGCCACCCUCAUAGAUGCAAUGCAUUCUUUGGUGACAAUAUCCCUGGAAAUGUUUUGGAGACGACUCUCCAUUUGGACCAAUUUCCUCCUUUUCAAUAUGGUUACAUGCAGUUUCAAACAGCUACAGAGGAACUCUCAGAAACACAGAAGUGGGGUUUCCUGAUUUUUGCGGGGAUUACAUGGAUAUACUUAACUGCAAGACCAGGUAUUCUCAUAGGUGCCAUUGAUGCAUACCUUCUUGCUCCUCUGCAAUUGGGUUUGGAUAGUUUGAUUGGAAGGAGAAGGUUGAAGAGGACUGAUUUUGUGAUUGGGGACAAGUUGGGAGAAGGGUCUUUUGGAGUUGUUUAUUCUGGUGCGGUUGUUCCAAAGAAUGUUAAUGUUGAAGAGACGGUGCAGAAAAGAGGGAGGGGUAGAGCUCCACAGUUGGAUGAGAGGUUCAAGGAGAAGGUCAUCCUCAAGAAGGUGAAGAUUGGAGUUCAAGGGGCUGAAGAAUGUGGCGAAUUCGAGGAGUGGUUCAAUUACAGGUUGUCUAGAGCAGCACCUGAAACAUGUGCUGCGUUCCUGGGAAGUUUUGUUGCUGAUAAAACAAGUUCUCAAUUUACAAAGGGUGGAAAGUGGCUUGUUUGGAAAUUCGAGGGAAACCAAACUCUUGCCGAUUACAUGAAAGAUAGGAAAUUCCCUUUUAACUUGGAGUCUGUCAUGUUCAGACGUGUCUUGCAAGAUGUAGACUCUGUCAAACGCAGUGCAUUGAUCAUCAAGCAAAUAAUGCGUCAAAUUAUUACUUCGCUCAAGAAAAUCCAUGACACAGGCAUUGUUCACCGGGACGUAAAGCCAGCAAACUUAGUAGUGACAAGAAGGGGACAAAUCAAGCUCAUAGACUUUGGGGCAGCCACAGACCUCAGAAUUGGAAAGAACUAUGUACCAGACCGUACCCUGCUAGAUCCUGACUUUUGUCCUCCUGAACUAUAUGUGCUCCCAGAGGAAACGCCAGUUCCUCCUCCAGAGCCCAUUGCUGCAUUUCUUUCUCCAAUUGUUUGGCAGCUGAACAGUCCUGACCUCUUUGAUAUGUACUCUGCUGGAAUUAUACUAUUGCAAAUGGCAGUACCAUCCUUAAGGUCUUCAGCAGGGUUAAAGAAUUUCAAUUCAGAAAUAAAAACAGUUAAGUAUGACUUGAAUAAAUGGAGGGACUAUACUCGGUUGAGGCCUGACUUGUCACUUCUUGAUCUCGAUUCGGGUAGAGGGUGGGAUCUGGCCACAAAGCUUGUUUCAGAGAGAGGUUCCCUUAGAAGGGGGCGUUUAUCAGCUGCAGCUGCUCUGAGGCAUCCUUAUUUCUUGUUAGCUGGUGACCAGGCAGCUGCAGUUCUUUCAAAAUUAAGUUUUAUCAAAUAGUGAGCUGCUUCAAGAUCAUCUCAAGAAUGGAGAGACUCACAAACAUGCAAGCCUUUGCCUGCUAGUUCAUGGUCUUUGCCAUUUUUGCACCGGGUGACCUAGGGGGUUUGCUUCCAAUUUAACAGGCCAGUGGACUGUGGAUGCAAUACAAGAGAUUACCAAUUUUAUAAAUGUUUUUCGUUGCCGAUGAUAUUAAUUUAUAGCAGA